AUGGCGGGAAUUUUAUCGUUCGUAUGGCUUUGUGCUCUUUUUUGGUCCAAGCUCAACGAUGCGAGUCAAGAAGGAGCAAUAACAAAGACCGAGCCGUAUACAACGCCUACAAGCACCAUUCAAACUUCUCCGGUUACCACAGAGGACGACAAUACUGAAAUCGACAAGAAUCCCAAGGCGUUAGAUGACGAAUGGCUCUACAACAAUUUUCACAACGGUCUCCGACUUUUUGCAGAUAACAUCGAUAAUCGUUUUGCCAAUGAAUACAAUGCUUUGUCACUGGAAGAUCGGAUUGAAUUCACGAAAAGACUUGGGUUGCUGGCUUUGUACUAUCGGAUGCAUGUGAAACAUGUUCGCCAUGCCAUUAAGGGUCAGUGCACGACUCUCGGUUGGGGCAUCUGGUCCUGUAUUGAGAGUUUUUACGAAGCGAUCACAGAAGAUCCAGUUAAUAGCUGGCUAACUGCUCUUCAUAACACCACACUGAGCGAUGAGUUCAUGGCUGAGAAUUUGGACUCUAGAAAGAUGGAACGAGAUUUAGCAAUCGGACAAGUUCUUUGUCAUUUCACAAUGCGAUUCGAAUUCUUUCGCAAGCCGAUACCAUUUUGCUACUAUGAUACAUUGAAUGACGAAGAGAUCCGACGAGGAAUAUUUCCACCACAUUGGAACGGUGAAUUGCUUCGGUUGAAAUUUGACUUUCACGAUGAAUCUUAUCACGAUUGUGCUUUCAAAAGCUUUUGUCCAAAUCCUUGUGAAGAGACGACUGAAGAAGGAGAUCUAGUAGUGGGAUGUCCAACUGUUGGAAAGAAGUGCGAAAUUCGGGCAGAGUUCAACGACAACAUUAUUGGGCAACGACACAAUGAUUGGAAUGAAACUUGUUCAUGUCCUACGAGCUACGUAUACCACAAAGAAGUUGGAAGCUGCGUUCUUCAAAAUUUUUGUCGUUACAGCAAUUGUCCAGAAAACGAGAUCUGCCAAAACAGGGAGGAUGCUGCGCGUUGUAUUUGCCAACUUGGAUAUUUUCGAGACAAAACGGGCAAUUGCACAUCAGUCACGAUAUUAGACGAUUUAACUUGGGAAGCACUGUCAAUUUCUGUAGGGUUUGGCACCACUUAUUUUUAUGCUUUGUGUUGCUUAGUAAUAGUUUUGUCACAAUGUUCAUUAUCAUCAGCGUUAGCGCAUUUUCUGAGUUGCUUGAUCUAUUCCACCAUUGUCAUGGCGGCUGACGGAGGAAGUUUGUUUCAAUGUUUAACGGAAAUCCAACGAGCCGAUCAAACCGAGGAUUAUGAGGCUGCGUUGAAAGCUGCGAACCGAAUGAUUAGAAAAUAUCCGAAUGAAGUGGUGGCGAACAAAUGCAAGGUGAUCGCCUUGGUUCGUCUUGGACGAUUCGACGAUGCUGUUGCUCUAAUUGAGAAAACUCCUGAACAAACAAUGGGUGAUGUCGGCUUUGAGAAGGCGUAUGCUUUUUACCGUCUUAACAAUAACGACUUAGCCCUGGAAUCACUUGAGCAAACGAAAGAAAAGACAUCAAGAGUGCUUGAUCUAAAAGCACAGAUUCUUUAUAGGCUCGAGAAGUUUCAAGAUGCUUACGACAUUUACCGUGAACUUGUGAGAAAUCAUUCGGAUGCAAACGACGAGGAGCGCAAAGCCAACAUGCUUGCUGUGCAGGCACAACUAGAAGCUUUGGGGAUAAAACAGACAAUAACGACGGAUAUCCUUGAGACGUACGAGCAAUUUUACAAUGCGGCGUGUCAAGAAAUUGAAAACGAGAAUUAUGAAGUGGCAUUGCAGCAUCUCAAAAAAGCUUAUGAAGUGGGACGGGCUAGUCUUCUCGGACAAGAUAUGGAAGAAAAGGAGAUUGAAGAGGAGUUGGCCAAUAUUCGCGUCAACGAGGCUUUUGUUUUGCAGAAGAUGGGAAAACGAAACGAGGCCUUGAAGCUUUAUCAGCAAGUACAGGAUGCCGGAACAUCGGAUGUUUCUGUGAAAGCGACUCUCCUGAAUAACUUGCCAAGUGUAUCUGACGAUGGAUCUUUGAAUGAAUGGCGCAAAAAGCUUAAAUUAGCUUUGAGCCUCGAUCAGAGUAAAUUGACAAAUCGUCAACGUCGAACUCUUCAUAUUAAUCAGGCUCUAGUGCUUCUACUCUCAAAUCAACGUGAGCCAUGUCGCCGUGCCUUGAAAGAGUUAGCCGAGAAGUUUGGUCCAAUACGUGACUCGAAGCUCGUUGAGGCUGCUCUUUUAAUGAAGACUGAUGCAGAUGCAGCGUUAAAGAUACUUGAUGGCGAAGAUGCAGAGCAAGAAUUAGCUCGUGUUCAAAUAUUUGUUGCUGGUGGAAAGAUUGAUGAGGGUCUGAAACACUUGCAGAAAUUACCGGCAAAUAUCCGAUCCCGUCCAUCAAUUACCAGCUUCUUUGCUGCUUUAUUGAUUAAUUCUGGAAAGAUUGACGAGUCGUUGAAGAUUCUUCAGGGUUUGACCACUUCUCAGGACCCACGACUAGUACGUGAUGCUUUGGAAAUGGCUGCCAGUAUUGAAAUGAACCGAGGCGCAUACAAACAAGCUGUAACGCAUUUGGAAAAUCUGUCCAAGCGCUAUCCUGACGAUCUUUCCCUUCAAUCUCAAUUAAUCCAAGCCUACACUCAAGUGGAUUCAGCAAAGGCUGAAUCGCUGACAAAGAAGAUCUUCCCUGAAAGCGGAGCUGAAGGAGUGAAUGUUAACGAGCUCGAGGAGAGUGAUUGGAUUCUUUAUGGCGAGAAGUAUAAGCAAAAGAAGGAACAAAAAGACGUUCAAGAUACGGAAAUCGUUACUGGGAAGCUCCGCACUCGAAAGCGCAAAAGAAAGGUUAGAUUGCCGAAGAACUACGAUCCAAAGGUGCCGCCAGAUCCAGAAAGAUGGUUGCCAAAGCAAGAGCGCUCAACGUGGAAAGCGAAAAAGGGAAAGAAGCACCGUGAUCGUGAAAUCGGACGUGGUACUCAAGGAUCGACUACCGCUGGCAAUUUGGAAUACAAGACCGAGAGUCCUCGGUCUCCACUACAAGUUCCCGUCGAAGGGCCUCGACAACAAAAACCAGCUGGUGCAAAGGCCCCUGCGAAGAAAAAGAAGAAAGUGGGCAACAAGUGG